GAGCUCUAUCCGAAGCUCAUGGAAUACGUCAAGGUAAAGCUCGUGAACACAGGGGACUUCCUGCUGUCCACCUACGACCGCGGCAUCUCGCAGAAAUGCAUCGAGAUCUUCGAGGAGAAAGGCGUGGAGGUCCUGGCAGGCUACCGCGUCACCGAGAUUACCAAGAAGGAGAUCCAGAUGAAGAAGAAGGAUGGAGAGGCAGU